AUGAGCGCAGGUGCAGGCGAAGGAGCCUAUAGCUUCUCGCUUACCACUUUCUCGCCGAGUGGCAAACUAGUUCAAAUUGAGCAUGCGCUGGCGGCUGUGAACCAGGGAACCACCAGUCUGGGGAUCAAGGCCUCGAAUGCGGUUGUCAUUGCGACGGAAAAGCGUCCACCGUCGCCACUGGUCGAUGAUGCGGCGAUUGAAAAAGUGGCAGUAGUGUGCCCGAACAUCGGCAUUGUAUACUCAGGCAUGGGCCCUGACUUUCGCGUCUUGUUGGCCAAAUCACGCAAGAUCGCUCAGUCGUAUUGGAAAAUCUACGGAGAAUACCCUACCACGAAGGUCCUAGUGCAGGAAAUUGCUACUGUCAUGCAGGAUGCCACGCAGAGCGGUGGUGUGCGGCCAUUUGGUGUCAGUCUCCUUGUUGCUGGAUUCGACGCAGUACGCGGCCCCUCCCUGUACCAGGUCGAUCCCAGUGGUAGCUAUUUCAUGUGGAAGGCGAGCGCCAUGGGUAAGAAUAUGACCAAUGCGAAAACCUUCCUCGAAAAACGUUACAGUGAAGAUAUUUCGCUGGAAGACGCCAUUCAUACUGCCAUCCUUACGUUGAAAGAGGGAUUCGAGGGCCAAAUGACGGAAAAGACCAUUGAAAUCGGCAUCAUCGGCGUCGCUACGAAGGCACGUGUAGGUAUGAGCCAGGAGCCCACACCGGUGUUCCGGCGCUUGACGGAGCAAGAGGUGAAGGAUUAG